UGAGUUCCUGCCUGAGGCGGCCGCACGUCCCGGCGCGCGGGCAGGUGGCGCGUCGAAGUUCUAGCAGAAGAACCCCGCAGAUCUACAUGUGCCCCGCUGCCCUUUGGAAGAAUGACAGAUGACAAAGACGUGCUGCGAGAUGUGUGGUUUGGACGAAUACCCACCUGCUUCACUCUGUACCAGGAUGAGAUAACUGAAAGGGAAGCUGAACCUUAUUAUCUGCUUUUGCCUAGGAUAAGCUACUUAACACUGGUGACAGAUAAAGUGAAGAAACAUUUCCAGAAGGUUAUGAGGCAAGAGGAAGUUAGUGAAAUAUGGUUUGAAUAUGAAGGUACACCACUGAAAUGGCAUUACCCAAUUGGUUUGCUGUUUGAUCUCCAUGCAUCAAAUACAGCCCUUCCUUGGAGCAUCACAGUGCAUUUCAAGAAUUUUCCAGAAAAGGAUCUUCUACACUGCCAUUCUAAGGAUGUAAUUGAAGCUCAUUUUAUGGCUUGCAUAAAAGAAGCAGAUGCUUUAAAGCACAAAAGUCAAGUCAUCAAUGAGAUGCAAAAAAAGGAUCAUAAACAGCUGUGGAUGGGGUUACAGAAUGAUAAAUUUGAGCAAUUUUGGGCCAUAAAUCGAAAACUCAUGGAGUAUCCUCCAGAAGAUAGUGGAUUUCGGUUCAUCCCAUUUAGAAUUUAUCAGGCAACGACAGAAAGGCCUUUUAUACAGAAGCUGUUUCGACCAAUUGAUUCAGGAGGACAGCUGCAUACUUUGGGAGAUCUCCUGAAAGAUAUGUGUCCUAGUGCUAUUACACCUGAAGAUGGAGAAAAGAAGACUCAAGUGAUGAUUCAUGGAAUCGAGCCGAUGCUGGAAACACCACUGCAGUGGCUAAGUGAACACAUGAGCUAUCCAGAUAACUUUCUUCACAUUAGUAUCAUUCCCCGGCCUACCGAUUGACACUCAACUCUACCGGUAUAAGGAUCAUUCUCGAGCUCGUAUGAGAAGAGCAUGUCAACUUUUUGGUUCUUGAUGGAGGCAGUUGGACAGGCAGAAAAAAAAAAUGAAAAAAACAAAAGCAAAAAUGAAACAAAACAAGAAGUCCUCACUGAGCCAAACAGGAAGAGAGAUCCUCUCAGCAGCUAGGGGCAAUUGGGCUGCUCUUUCUCUGCAUCACCACUGCUUUUCUUCCCUGCUGUAAUUAAACUUUGGUUGCGAUGUGAAAGCCUGUGGAGGACUUCCACAAGUCUGCUGUUUUCUUGUAAAAUAGAAUGAAGCUGAAACUGUCAGCCUGAAGAGCAAGUGGAAAUAUGCCACUCGAUUGUAUUUCUGAUUCACAAAUAAACAGGGGUAUUUCCUAAAGCGGUCGUGUUUCACCUUGGAGAGUGGAAAGAUUGGUUUAAUUUUCUAGAAAGUUAGACACUGAGAGAUUCAGUUACCAAUAGCUUUUUGUAAAAGAUCAGAUUACUGUAAACCCAUCUUUCCUUAAUGAGAAUUUCAUGUUUACAGUAUGUGUAUUGGUAUGCAAAUGAUCUUUUAACUUUGAUAACAAGCAGUGAGAGAUUUUAAAGUAAACCCAUGAGCAUGUUUUGCCAUUUAAAAACAUGCACAACUUAAUAACUUACAAAUACUUUUGAUUUGUAUGCAGUUACUUAAUGUACUCCAGUAUGUUUAUUAUUCAAACCAGUUUUCAUAGAAUAGCAACGAUGUAGGAUAAUUUGUCUCAGGAUUUGUCACAGCAUUUCUUUGUGUUCAUCUAUUUUUUUUCUGUGAGAAUAUUUUCUUAAAUUAGUUUAAGAAAUUUAAGCGGAAAAAAAAAAGUAAAUGGAUGUUGCAAACUAUUGUAUCCUGCUCUUUAUUCCCAUAGACUAGAAAACAGUUAAAUCACAGUACGAUGAACAGAUGUAUUGCUUUUUAAUAAUUUUGAAUUUUGGAAAGCUGAGGCUUUUCCAUCUAAUAGUACUUUACAUCUGAAUUUAGUUUUCUCCUGUGGUCCCUGGGUAAUUAGUCUGAAAUUUAAAAGCUUAUAAUCUCAUUUCAUAGAUUUUCCCUCAAUUUAGCAGAUGUAUUUUUAGAUUCUUGGUUUGCUUUUUUGUUUGUGUAUUUUUUAGUGUUUGUUACCAUUACAGCUGCUACUAGGAUUCUGCCAUUUUUCGUUAUGUUGAAUUCAUCAAACUGUGCCAUCUUGUCUUGUCUUUAUUCCUUUCGUAGUUUGUGGCACAAGAUUAUGUUUACCAUAAACACCAAGUACAUUUUCUAAACAGAACAUGACGUUUUUAUUUGGGGAAAAAAAAAAAAAAAAGAAGAGUAGCUGUUAAAGUUGUUAGUGAUCUUGGCUUGCAAAUAUUGUGGCAGCUCCCACUGCUGCUGCCAUUCAGCUUUGCUUCUACACUGCCUUUAUGGUGGGACACUUACCUGUGUCUGGAAAAGAAGAAACCAAGAAUCCAGUCCAUCAAAAACCUCUUUAAAGAGAGAAGUCUUUAGGCAGGGGUAGAAUUGAAGCUAGAAGAGCCCCGAGGGCACAAAAACCUCAACAAAACAAAUAGUGUUUUAAAUGCAAAUGAGGAAAUAGCACUAAGGAUAGCAACAGAGGGAGAAAAGCACCA